AUGGGGAGAGGUAGGGUUCAGCUAAGGCGGAUCGAGAACAAUACUAGCAGGCAAGUAACGUUCUCAAAGAGAAGAACUGGUUUGCUAAAGAAAGCUCAUGAAAUCUCAGUGUUAUGUGAUGCCGAGGUUGCUUUGAUUGUUUUCUCUAACAGAGGGAAGCUCUUUGAGUACUCAUCUGAAUCCAGGAUGGAGAGGAUCCUGGAACGAUACGAACGACAAUCAUAUUCAGAGAGACUGCUCGUCCCAACUGGCUCUGAAUCACAGGCAAACUCGACUUUGGAAUGUAACAAACUCAUGUCAACAGUUGAAGCUUUGCAAAGGAACUUGAGGCACUUUCUUGGAGAAGAGCUUGAUCCCUUGAGUCUGAGGGACCUGAAACUUUUGGAACAACAGAUUGAUAAUUCUCUGAAGCGCAUACGAACUAGAAAGAAUAAACUCAUGCUUGAAUCCAUUUCAGAGCUGCAGAAGAAAGAAAAGACAUUGCAAGACCAGAACAACAUGCUAGCAAAAAAUCUCAAAGAAUAUGAGAAGAGACUACCUGAGCAUGCACAAUGUGAGCAUCAAAACUAUGCCCAAAACUCAUCAUGGUCCAUAGUACAACCACCACCGCCACCAGCAACAAUACAGUUUCCUUCUUUGACUAUUGGAGGUUGUUACCAGGCCAUAGAAGGUAUAACCAAGGAGGCUGAGACUCAACCCCAGCCUAGUAUCAGUACUGUGAUACCCCCCUGGAUGCUUCGUCAUUUAAACAGAUAGAAAGCUGACGCUGAGACGAGCAGUUCGAAUCAAACAUUUCAAACAAUGUUUUUAUAGAGUGAGAAUUCUUGACAUACCAUCGCACAAAGUUCAAAUGCAAUGAGAAAACUAUAAGUUGUUUAUUUGAAAACUCAAAAUUGUUUUGAG